AUGACUCUCAAAGGCUUUUUCGAAGGUGGCGUUGCUUCCAUCGUUGCAGGUUGCACCACCCAUCCACUCGACCUCAUCAAAGUCCGCAUGCAGCUUCAAGAAACGCACAGCCUCCGUCCCGCAUUUGCACUUCACACGCCCACUCCAAUGCCGCCACCGCCUCCCUCCGGCCCCAUCUCCGUCGGCAUCCGCAUCGUCCAGUCCGAGGGCGUCGCCGCUCUCUUCUCCGGCGUCUCCGCGACUGUGCUCCGUCAGACGCUCUACUCCACCACCCGUAUGGGCCUCUACGACGUGCUCAAGCGCCACUGGACUGACCCCGAGCAGGGCACCAUGCCCCUCUCGAGAAAGAUAACGGCGGGGCUAGUUGCCGGCGGGAUUGGCGCCGGCGUGGGGAACCCCGCCGACGUGGCCAUGGUGCGAAUGCAGGCCGACGGGCGGGCUCCGGCGGCGGAGCGGCGCAACUACAAGGGCGUGUUCGACGCGAUACGGCGCAUGAGCAAGCAGGAGGGGGUUGCUAGCCUGUGGCGCGGGUCAGCGCUUACGGUGAACCGAGCGAUGAUCGUGACGGCUUCUCAGUUGGCCUCGUACGACCAGUUUAAGGAAACUAUCCUCGGACACGGGUGGAUGGAGGAUGGACUUGGGACCCACGUGGCAGCGAGUUUUGCGGCGGGUUUUGUGGCUUCUGUUGCGUCGAACCCUAUUGAUGUUAUAAAGACUAGGGUGAUGAACAUGAAGGUUGAAGCUUUCAAUGGGGCCUUCGAUUGUGCUCUCAAGACUGUUAAGACUGAAGGGCCUCUUGCCCUUUAUAAGGGCUUCAUCCCUACAAUCUCAAGGCAGGGUCCUUUUACCGUCGUGCUCUUUGUCACCCUCGAACAAGUCAGGAAGCUGCUCAAGGAGUUUUGA